AUGUCUGAUCCCUCUCAUACUCAUAACGAUCAGCCUAAGGAUCCACAGUUUGCCCAGAAGGAAGCUCAUUUAGAAGAGGACCCUACUUUGAAGCUUGAGCGUGCUGGUAAGAUUAAGGAACUGAAUGCAGCUUCGCUGAGGAAACCACACGCAAGAUCGUUUGGUAAGUCUUUCCAAGUACCAGAUGAACGACAAGAGCGCAAUAAUGCCGGGGGGUUGUUAAGAAACGAUGGCCAUAGACCUGGUAACUGA